AUGAGGAGUGAAUUAGAGAGUCUUGGAUUAGAGAAUCUUGAACUUAAAUUGGAAAAUGAUGUGUUUGAAGAUACUGCUCUCCGGAAGGAAACAACCGGUCGCACUGAAGCAAGCCACCGGUCACCCAUAUUUGUAGAUGAAACAUGUGGUCUCUGUGAAGAAACGACAGGUCGUCCUUUAGAACUCAACCGAUCUCCCAUAUUUGGAGAUGAAGCAGGUGCUCUCGAUGUCGAAAUAACUGGUAGCACUGAAGCAAGCGACCGGUUGCUUGUAUCUGAAAAUAACGACAGUGAUUCUUAUAUGGAUUAG